UCCUCACCUGCUCUCCUGAAUACGCUGUGUUAGAUUCCUGCUACUGUGAACAUCUCCGGGAAAUCCCCCACUGCUUGUUUUUUUUUUUCUGCCAAACCCAUGUGCCAGAUUUCCUGGGAAGAUUUAUCGGGGACUCCCAUGGAGAAGUGAUUGUCUGGGAAGAAGAUCCCCCACGCUGCUAACACUGGAGUGGGGACGAUUCAAAGGGUGAAAGCAUUCCAGCUGGUCAGCAUGUUUAGGAGAGACUUGAGACCUGAUUCUUGGUUCUUCAGCUUUCUGGUCAGUAGUCUGUCCAGGAGUCUCUUUACCUAUGCAGCCCUUGCCAAGAAUCAGACUUUUAAAGGUUUUGCUCCUGUCACAAUUGAGACCUCAAGACAUGUGUAUGAAUAUGUGGCCACUGCUUUGGACUGGUGGCACGCAGACAGGUACUGUGAACAACGCUUUGCUCAGUUGUUUUCUGAACCCCAGGACAGUGAGCAAGCUUCCUUCAGUGCACUGCUGCAGUCCUACCACAUCAGAGGUUCUGUCUGGCUAAGAGAAAGGGAUGGUGUCCUGCACAAGUCAAAAUGGAGACGGAAUCACAUUGUGCCAGUAUUGGUAUUUGGAGACAAAACAGACACAAAAUAUGCAAAGGUGCUCUCUGACUUCCCAGCACUGCCUGCUGUCACAGCCUGUGCCCACCUCCAAUGGGACACCAGGACCCAGGAGAUUGCUACCAUCUUCUCCUAUGCUGUACCAGCUUUCAUUAAUGAGUUCCAGCUCCGUGGAUUUGUUGAUGAGGAAGGCUUUGUUCGAUUUGCUCUCAUAGUCCACGAGCACCAUUCCCCAUACCUGCCUGUGUUCCGUGCUGAUGGAGAGUGGCAUCACUUCUGCGUGACCUGGCAGCAGGAAAAUGGGACCUGGGCCAUCUAUGCCGAUGGUAAAAGGAGGGCAUCUGCCAGUGGUUUGUGUGCUAUGGAGCCCUCUGCCCCCCAGGCCAUCUAUGGCCAGGGGACAUUCAUAAUUGGCCAAGAUCAAGAUUCCCUGGGGGGCACCUUCAGAGAGAAAGAGUCCUUCAGUGGGAACAUCACUGACUUGCACAUCUGGCAGAAAGUCCUCAGUGCAGAGCAGAUUGAGAAGGUUCGGUCAUGCUGGGUGGUAGAGCAAGACCUUGUAUUUGAGUGGAGCUCAAACGCUUUGGAGGUUGAAAGUUCCAUUCAGGAAGUGACAGCACAGUUUCUCUGCCCAGGACCUGUUGAGGAAUGCCAAGUUUUUGAAGUUGGCAGCAGUGGAUUCAGUUACAUGUCUUGCUUGCAGUCUUUGCCUUUUAUCUGUGGCUACAGAAAGGAUGCGUACUGGCAAUUGCAAAAAGCUCAGCUGGAAUCCAGUCACUCACUUGUUGGCCAUGUGAACAUGCUUGCAGAGAGGACUAUGAUUCCUGAGAAUGUUUUCACAAGUGAUGUCCAAGACAUGAACCUCUCUGUUGCUCUUGGUGCUCUUGAUGUAUUGGCAACUGUUCUGAGGGAAGGACAGAGACCUGUGCUGGAGUCAUCUGACCUCCUUGUGGUGCUUCAAAUACUGAAGCAAGCUUCUGAUGUGGAAGUCCAGGAGGGAGAGGAGCUGGAGAUGUUGGAGCAGUUGGGUCAUUAUUACAUGGAAGUGACUGAGUUAAUCUUGGAAGAGCAGAAUAUUAAAAUGUGGUCAUCAGUUAGCCAGGUUAUUGGCGGGCCCAUGGCUGUGGUUGAGCUCUGUGACAGAAUGCUGUCACACUUAGCCCCGCUGCUGACUUCAGGGAGGACAAAGAUCACAAUCCAGCAUGGGAAUGUUGGGGUAGAGCUCAGGAAGCUAGAGCUGAACACAGAGGAGCUGAGCAGUGAGGCAUACCUGGUCCAGAGCCCUGAGAAAGGAAUGCAUGAUGUCAUUGAAGUUCCUGCAGAAGAAAUGCAAAGACUGAAAGCCAGAGGUCUCCAAAGAGUCAUGGUGAAGAACAUGUGGUUUGGCUACACCUCCCUGCAGCACUGCCUGUCCAGUGCUGGCAUCAGUGCUGACUCCCAGGACAUGGCUGCUUCUGACAGUGGACAGAAGUACCUGACCACCGCAGUGGGCACUGCUGUGAUCUCAUCCUCUCUGCUCAGUGACUACCAGGAGAUCAGCACGUCUGUGCGCUACCACCUGGAGCACCGUGUCCAGGACCUGCCCAAUAAGCUGCUGGGGCCCAUCUGUGCCUUCUGGAACUUCAGCCUCAGCCCAGAUGCUGGUGGGAUGUGGUCCACAGCUGGCUGCUCUAUGGUGACAUCUCUCCCAGACUCCACUGCCUGUUUUUGCAACCACACCACAAAUUUUGCUGUCCUGCUGCAGGUGUAUGAGAUGCAGAGGACUGCCAAGGAGGAGGUCACACUGCAGACUUUGACUUUUAUUGGAUGUGGAGUUUCCUUCUGUGCCUUGAUAGUCACCUUCAUUUUAUUCUUGACAGUUGGUGUCCCCAAGAAUGAACGAAUCACUGUGCACAAGAACCUGAUCUUUGCAUUAGCUGCAGCAGAAGCUUUGCUCAUGUUCAGUGAAUUGGCCAAGACCAACCAGGUGAUGUGUUUCAUGGUCACUACUUUCCUUCAUCUCUUCUUCAUGGCAGCCUUUUCAUGGAUGCUGGUAGAGGGACUUCUCCUGUGGAGCAAAGUGGUAGCAGUUAACAUGAGUGAAGAUAGGAGAAUGAAGUUCUACUAUGCAACAGGCUGGGGCCUUCCAGUUGUUAUCGUGGGUGUGACUCUUGCAACUUCCUUUAACAAGUAUGUGGCAGACAACCAUUGCUGGCUGAAUGUUCAGACCAACGUCAUCUGGGCCUUUGUUGGUCCUGUGCUCUUCAUCCUGGCCGUGAACACCUUCGUACUGUGCCGGGUGGUGAUGGUGACUGUGUCCAGUGCUCGCAGGAGAUCAAAGAUGCUGACACCCAACAGCAGCCUGGAGAAACAGAUUGGAGUACAGAUAUGGGCCACAGCCAAGCCUAUCCUGGUGCUGCUGCCAGUGCUGGGGCUGACAUGGGUGUGUGGGGUCCUUGUCCACCUCAGCAUCUUUUGGGCCUAUGUCUUCAUCAUGCUGAACUCUCUCCAGGGCCUGUACAUAUUCCUGGUCUAUGCAGUCUGUAACAGUGAGGUAAGGAAUGCCAUCCAGAGGAUGAAGGACAAGAAGAAAGCACUCUCUUUCACAAACUGCUCACAUCCCAUCAACUACUUAUCAAGUCCAAGAAACACAACCUCCUGGGAGACAGGGAAACUGAGGCCUUCUGCAGCUGAGAGUGCUUUGUCAAGCACUGUGCAGAAAGACCCUCCAGUGAAGAAUAUCACCAACAGAGGAAACUUUGGAGGCAAAAUUCCCAUGGGGAUUUCAUCAAUUAUGUCACCCGAGAGACCGGCUGUGGAGCUGACAGCAUUCAAAUCCUCAGGUUUCUGAGAUGUUUCUGGGUGAUGGGCCCACAGUGCUGAGUCUUUGGCAACAUCUGGGAGGACAACAGGUCAGAGGAGCUGGCUUCCACGCAGAGGGCUAUCCCAGUCCAAGCAGAACUGUCUGCCCUGUGCUUCUUCCUAGCAGCAUGUGAGGACAAAAUCAAGGCAGGACUGGCAUAGUAUGGGUUUUACAGAAGCAGAAGCCUGCCUGGCUCCUCUCCAGGGCCAGGAAACCAACAGACAGGUACUCCUCAUGACUUCUGCCCAGCCUGCAUGCUGGCCCAGGGUUCCCAAUGGCUCAUGCAGCUGGGGCAGCCAAGCUUGGCCUGAUGUGGCACUGCCACCAGCCACUCAAGGCACCACCAGCAGCAUGCAGUGUGGUUGCUGCCAGUAAAGCUUGUUUGGCUUGGGGCACCUGGAGCAGGUAGCAUGGAAGCGAGCCCAGCUCUGCCCAUGGCAGCCAUGCCCUUCUAAAGCAGCUGAUUUUGAUAGCAUCUUCUUCUCUUUAGGACAAAAUUUCUCCCUGUGCUGCUGCCAUGGUCCUUUGCCAGCCAGGGUUGUGUUUUCUCUCUCUGUCCUUUGCAUCCAAUGGGAUCUCCUUUUACCUUCCUAGAGUUUAGAGCACAUAAACCAUGUCAGUUCUUUUGCUGCUGAUGACAGUAAAUGCUGAUUUUAAAGGCAACCUCCUCUCUUUGCUGCAGUGUAUCCAUGGGAAUGGGCAUAUGUUCAGGCACAGCAGCUGCUGUGGCUUUAUGUGGCUGAACAUGGAGGGCAUUUUGUCCAUGGUGCAGAGGACCUGGGUACUGCUGUCUCCUGCACGGGGCUGAGUUCCCU